AUGCCAACAGCGUCACAGGCGCAAGCAGACGCUCGUCAGACUGCUGGGCUGCUUGGCAUGGAAUCAAGGUUUUCUCGGUCGGAUCGCCAAGUCGCGCGGUGGACACAGUGCAUGUUCUCGAUGUUUCAACUGGCGCGCUCUCAAAAUUCGAGGGCCCAUCCUCGCGCCCUUGUCACUGGUGCGACCCACCUUGCGCCGGACAAGUGCAUCUCUCGCCGCACUCCUGGCAUCUCUCCAGGACACAGGCACGGCCACGAGCACGAUAGACCCGAGUCCAGCGUUGCGAAGCGGCCGGCUCACGCCAGCAACACGACAGAUCAGCCGGCCGACUCGGGCUACUACGCCUUGGGAGCCGUACUGGAGACGGCUGAGGCCACGAAGACCCCGACGCCCACCUGCAGAGAGUGGUGUGCAUGCGGGCGGACGGGCGACGUGUUACACGUACGCUGA